UGAGAAGUGAGAACUUAAAAACAUAGAAAAUUGCAUGAGCUGUUGAUAGUUGAGUUGAACUUUUUUUUUACUGAAAGUUGAGUUGAAUUUUUAAAGCGUCGAUCUUUCAGCCGCUACACAUUAAUAACUGAGGGUUAUUCUUUCAAGCUUUCAAUCAGCAGCUACACUUUAAUAACCGAGGGGGUUUUGUGUUUGUCAUGAGGAAAUUUAAGAAGACAACUUGAGAGAUGACAGGAUCAGAUACUCAAAGAUCAGAAGGAAAAAAACCGAUGGAAGCAGACAUUCCAGGUGGAAGUGGAAAAAAAAAUGAUGAGUGGGUAAUUGAAAUUAUAAAAAUGGUCGAGAGGCCGGAGAUUGAACCAUCAAAACAAUGUCGUAUCUACGAAGUUCCGCACCCGCUUCGAAAAUGGAAUGAAGAAGCCUACACUCCUCAGGUAGUUUCAAUUGGCCUUUUUCACCACAAAAACGAAAGAUUGAAAGCCAUGGAAGAGCAUAAAGAGAGAUACUUCAGGAGUUUCGUGAAACGAAGUGCGAUUAACUCGGAGUCUUUGGUAGGCGAAAUGGUAGGCGAAAUAAGGAAAAUGGAAGAAAGCAUUCGUGGGUGUUAUGAAGAGACUAUUAACCUUAAUAGUGAUUGGUUUGUGAAAAUGAUUUUGGUGGAUGCGAGCUUCAUUCUUGAGCUUUUCAUCAGAGAUAGUUCAGAAAAACGGCCCAGUGAUGAUCCUGUUUUUGUGCAACCAAGGUUUAGUUCUAUAAGGCUUGACUUGCUAUUACUUGAAAAUCAGCUUCCAUUCUUUGUUAUUGAGAAACUAUACCACCUUGCAUUUUCUCCCUCAGACUACAAUUUACUCAGGCUUCCUCUUGACUGCUUUAGUUACUUCAACAUUCAGCGUAUAGAGGACCAUGAUUCCCGUGUGAAAAAAGAUUCAAUAGAACACUUCACGGAUCUUAUUAGAACCUUUCAGCUACCUCGACUUGAGAAUCUACCAAAACGAGACCGUCCACAUAUUAAACAUUUGUACUCCGCAACACAGCUCCAUGAGGCAGGAGUAAAUUUCGAGGUUUGUACAAGUAAAUGCUAUUUAGACAUAAACUUUGAGAAAGGAGUGUUGAAAAUCCCCAUCAUAGAAUUAAGCGAUUUGACGGAAGUUGUUACUCGAAACAUUAUGGCAUUAGAGCAAACUCGCUAUAUAAAAAAUGCAUACUAUACAGAUUACUUUAACUUAUUGGAUUUACUCAUCAAUACUAGAAAAGAUGUGGAUUUGCUUUUUGAUAAAAAAAUCUUGGUUAAUCACCUAGGUGACAACAAUGCAGUAAAAUCUAUGAUUAACAAUCUUAACAAAGAUAUCGUAUGGGAUAGGACGAGAGAUGAUUACAUUGAUCUCUGUAAAGAGUUGAAUGGUUUCUUUGAGAAUCCUUGGCACAGAAGGAAGGCAACAUUAAAAAGUGAAUAUUUUAGCACUCCUUGGAGAACCGCUUCAACAGUGGCUGCUAUUAUUCUUCUGGUGCUCACUUUUAUACAAACAAUAUGUUCUAUCAUCCCAUUAGUAUAGCUUCAAAGGCUAUAUAAUUUGGAUGGCCGUUUCCUUUUCAAUGGAAUUGAUCUUGUCUGUGUAAAAUACACAAGUUAUGUAUUUCUUUGUUAU